AUAUAUUUGCCUUUAGGACUUGUCGUUUCAAUAUUCAACAUGUUAAACCGAUCUUUUUGCCAGUUUAUACGUGAUUAUCGUCGUCCAAACGGUUCGUUAGUUGCCUAUUGAUAAAUUUCAGACAGCUAUGGUAGAUCCAAUAUUAGUUCUAUUUCUGGUGUUUGCAGUAUUGACAGAGUUGGCUGGUUACGUAGGUGCAGUAGCUGACGUCACCCUUGUGAACGAGCGCCCCCUGGUGGUCACUGCAGAAGCGCAGACGUUCCUGAAAUGUGUGACGAACAGCGGAGACUCCGUCAGGUUCACGGCUGAAGGGUCAUGGGUAAUCCCGGAGUCAGCUGUCACAAGUACUAUAGGUCCGGAGUCGUGGCCAGGUGGCAUGCUGACAUUCUCACCUGCAGGUGGAGCAGACAGGACAGGUGUGUUCACCUGUAGCGGGACGGACAGCAGCGGACAGACGGCUUCAGUCUCAACCGCCAAAACCUUAUCCUCAGCGGUGUUUUUCUCGACGCAGUUCACAGUGACCGCCAGCAUCGGAGAUUCGGCGAGAUUACACAUGGCGCUGUCAGGGUCAGGGAGGUCACAGGUCAACAUCCGCUGGCAACAUGACGGCAGCCUCAUCGUCAUUAAACUCAACAGGGGGAAUGUAGCAGAGCGGAUUGAGAUUGCGGAGACGUUUGACAGCGUGGUGGCAGCAGACGCGGGCAUCUAUGAGUGUUUCUCGUCUGAGUCUACUCGAAGAGAAGGCAACCAGGGGAUUGUCCGUCUUAUCGUGAGAGGAUGUCCGAAGAACAAGUGGGGACAGAAUUGUAAUGAGGACUGUCCGGCCUGUUACAACGGCGGCCAGUGUGACCACAACACCGGGGAGUGUACGUGCGCGCCAGGCUUCAUGGGAAAUAACUGUGAGAUGGGGUGUGGCGGUAACAGAUUUGGUCGAGACUGUUCCUUUAGGUGUGACGCCACCAACGAUGAUAAUGGAGCAUGCGCAGGUCGUGUCUUUUGUGUUCCAGACCCCCAGGGCUGCUCAUGCGCAACAGGGUUUACCGGGAUCGACUGUACUGAAGUGUCCCGUUCUGCAGCCUGUACGCCGGGACGUUUUGGCGCGGGCUGCACACAGCAGUGUCACUGUCGAGACAACCAACCAUGUGACCCUUACACCGGAGCAUGCGCACAAGGCUGUGCUGAUGGACGGGAGGGACCAUCUUGUCAGCAAGUCUCUGUACCCGAUGCCUGUUCCAACAAUCCCUGUCUGAAUGGUGGUACCUGCCAGGUGACGCAAGACAGCUUCAGCUGCACAUGUACAGGUGAUUUUACGGGUGCCACCUGCGACACAGCUGCUGAUUCACCGACUCUAGGUCUGUCCGAUGGAAGUGUGGACUUGGCGUCUGAGGAUGCCCCUGUAGACCCCAUGUGGACCCUUCUUCCGCCCACCCUGUGUGCGCUAACUCUGGCGCUGUUCAUAGGGGGCGCUUUUUGCUGCUGCAAACAGAAAUGUUGCCCGUCCAACGACGUCCUUCCUAUCUUCGUCACUACGGAAGAGAUCGAGAAGCUGGGGCUCCCUCCAGCGGGCGCGCCUAUGACUGCAGACAGGAGCGCGCACAGGAAGCCGGGAAGACCGCGGCGGGAGAACACCCUGCUGGUGUCGCCCAAGAAACGUGUGCAGAUGGAGCGGGAACUGGCGCCCAGCAGGAAACAGUGGCAGGCCGCCAGAAAACCUAGAAGGAAAUAAAACAUAUUUUGAAGAACUUUAUUGCACGACAAUUGCAC